AUGUCUGUCCGUCUGCCUGUGUGUCCGUGUCUGCUCGUGUGUCCGUGUCCGUCGGUGUGUCCCUGUCCAUCUGUGUGUCCCUGUCUGUGUGUCCCUGUCUGUCCGUCUGUCCAUCUGUCCGUCUGUCCAUCUGUCCGUCUGUGUGUCCGUGUCCGUCGGUGUGUCCCUGUGUCUGUGUGUCCGUGUCUCUGUCUGUGUCCCUGUCCGUCUGUGUGUCCCUGUGUAUGUCUGUGUGUCCCUGUUUAUGUGUCCCUGUCUGUGUGUUCCUGUCUCUGUCCGUGUGUCCGUGUCCGUCCGUCCGUCCCUGUGUCUGUCCGUGUGUCCGUCCGUCCGUGUGUCUGUGUCUGUCCGUGUGUCUCCGUGUCUGUCCGUGUGUCCCUGUCCGUCUGUCCGUGUGUCUCCGUGUCUGUCCGUGUGUCCCUGUCCGUCUGUCCGUGUGUGUCCGUGUGUCCCUGUCCGUCUGUCCGUGUGUCUCCGUGUCUGUCCGUGUGUCCCUGUCCAUCUGUCCGUGUGUCCCUGUCCGUCUGUGUGUCUGUCCGUGUGUCUCUGUGUCUGCCUGUGUGUCCCUGUCUGUGUGUCCGUCUGUCUGUGUCCCUGUCUCUGUUUGUCCGUGUCUGUCUGUCCGUGUCUGUCCGUGUGUCCGUGUCUGUCCGUGUGUCCGUGUCUGUCCGUGUGUCCCUGUCUCUGUCUUUCUCUGGCCAGGCACUGGAAGUUCAGAGCUUUGCAGUGCUGGUGCUAUGGGUUUGUGCCCGACCCCCCCCUCCCCCAGCUUUUGUGACCGUAGGCCUGUAG